AUGUUUGAAUUUCAUCAACCAUUAUUGGUACGAUUAAUCAAUACACCAAGAAAUAAAUAUGUUGUCUAUAUGUUUUUACAUGUACCAAGACAUUGGCUUAGUAUUUGUUAUCAAAUUUUUAUGAUGAUGUUGAUAACGGUUUGUAUUCUGGUCACAAUGUUUAUGCAAAUUAAUGUUGGUAGUCAAACCGAAUAUAUUGUAUUAUUUUGGUUAGAUCUUUCCUGUUUGAUUAUAUUCUGUUCAGAAUUUAUAUUAAAUGUAUGGGCAUCAACUGUAUUACCACAAUAUUCAGGUCCAUAUGGAAUAUAUUGGAUGUUAAUAAAUCCAUUAUAUAUUAUUGAUAUGCUUGUUAUUGGUGUAACAAUUGCUGAUGUUGCAAUGGAUUGUGUUUGGUUACCAUUGGCUGCCGGUUUACGUGGUUUUCGUAUGAUUUGGUUUCUACAGAAUCGUUUUGUUAUGAUUCGUUUAUUAUGGAAAGCAAUUUGGUCGGAAAGAUUUCAGCUAAUGGUUUCGAUUUAUUAUUGUGCAGUAUGGGUUUUUUCAUUCGGUUUUCUUAUGUAUUUUAUUGAACAACCUUUUAAUGAUUAUUUUAAUACGGUUGCUAAUUCUGUUUGGUGGGCUGUUGUUACAUUUACUACUGUUGGUUAUGGUAAUGCUGCACCAAUAACAACUGCAGGCAAAAUUGUAACAGCAUUUGCAAUGAUACUUGGUGUUUGGUUAUUUGGUCUUCCGACAGGUAUUGUUGGUGCAGCAUUAGCAUUAAAAUGUGAAGAAGAAUGUAGUAUGGCUGGAACAUUACGACAGAAUUUCGGUGCUGCAAUGGUACAAAAUGCAUGGCGAGUAUAUCGAAUAUGUAAAGAAGAACAACGACGACAAGAAGAUGAUCCACCAUUAUUAGUUCGUAUAUCAUCAAUUAAUCAUUCAUUACAAUUUACCAGUCAACCAAAUGUACCAUCAUCUGAUAUGCAUGAAUAUUUUAAUCCGAUUGCAGUAAAAUUUGUAUUUCUAUUAAAACAUGCAUAUUAUAAAAGAAAAUUUAUUACAAGUGAAGAGAUAAAUGAUUCAAAAAAUUUUUAUGCAACUUAUAUGCAAACAAGUUGGCAACAGACAAAUAUGUUAUUGAAUAUACAUUCAAAAAUUGAUCAUCUUUGGGAUUCGAUGACUGAAGCUCGUCUACAGAUUGAAACAUUAAAACAACAAGAACAACAACCACCGCAACGACAACGACGAAGUAUAGCCAGUGAUCAUGAUGGCAAUGAUGAUGAUAAUCAACCUCCUCCUCCGCCUGGUGAUGAUGGUCAAUCCGGUGGUCAAAACGAUUUACCAUCAGAUCGACGAACCAGUGAAACAACGGUAAAAAGUAGUAAUCAUUCUGUUGUGGAUAAUAAAUUCACUGUUAAAGAUAGUCCAUUUUUAUUACUGAAACAAAAUGGAAUUCCAUUAAAACGAUUAUUACGAAGACAAAUUCAAUGUUGGAAUUGUCUUUAUCGAAAACAUUUAAAACGUAAUCAUCGUAAAAGUAUAGAAUUAGAUGAUGAUGAACAACAACAACAACAACAAGAAACUGAAACACCACAAUUAUUAUUAGAUCUUUCAACACCACGUUCAUCACAACAUGAUCUUUUAUUAUAA